AUGAAACUAGCCAGACCUUCCGUCAAUCCCGGGCGGGCAAAGAAUAUCGUCCACGCAGCACAGGCCUUUAUCAUCUUCCUCGCAUGGGCUCUUACUAUCGCCGUCUUCACCAAGGGCGAUGGGAUUGAUGGGCGUUCAGCGUGGUAUUUCGCUUUGUGCUGGUUUACGAUCCCUGGUUUGAUUUACCUCGUGGCUGUGCCUAUGUGGCCGCGAGCUCGUCGGUUUGGAAACGUCUACGCCUUUGCGACCGUCGAUUGUCUGUAUACCAUCUUAUGGUUCAGUGCGUGGAUUUGCGUCGCUUCUUAUGUUGCCCAGGGCAAGGCCGAGGGCAAGAGCAGUGAUAGCGACAAGGAUAGCAACAGCAACAAGAACGGCAAGCGGGCUACCAGUGGCAGUGGAUGCGAUAACUGGAAGUAUGGCAGCGCUUCCAAGUGCAAGAUCAGUACAGCUACUGUGAUUUUGGGAGUUGUUGUUUUCCUUCUCUUUGUUGUCACGGCCUUUAUGUCUUUCCGCAAUGUCAUGCACUUCCGUCGCACCGGUACUCUGCCCGACGCUGUCUCCGACCCAACCUUUGCCGCCCAGUCCAAGGCUGCCUUUUCGUCCAACCCCGCUCAUGACUUUGAGGAAGAGGAAGAUGACUUCCGCUCUGGUCGUGCUGGAUUGAGCACUGCUCACAGCGAUCGCGAUGAGGACUACGCCCUGCUUCACCAGAGCGAGGUGGACGAUCUGACCAGCACCGCUGGUCGAUCUGCGAUGCACGGAGGGUAUGAUCCCACUGCAUCCAACAACUCCGGAUCAGGUCUCCAUGACUACAACACCGGCUACGGAGGCGCACAUGGGCAGCAUUACAUGCCACCCUCGGACUAUGGAUCCAGCCUGAGCGGUGGAAAAACCACCAAAAUGGCCAGCAGCAUCGACCUCUUCAACCAACACCCCCUCCACCUCGACCCAACCUCCAAAGCCAUCACCCUCGACAGCACGCACCCCGACAGCACAAUAAGCGCCGAACUCGACACCCUCAACACCCUCCACCGCUCCCUCAUCAGCCUCGACCCCCCCAACAUCCCCCCUCCCCCUCUCCCCAUCAACCCCAAGCGCAGCGCCCAGAUCACCAAACUCCGCGACUCGGCCAACACAGCCUACCGCAAGACCAACCACGCCGAGGCAGUGCGGCUAUACACGUUUGCGAUCGAUAUGGCUGUUUCCCGGCCGGGGUGGGAGCCCGUUGCGCUAGCGAGAGACGAGCUGAGCGCGCUGUACGCGAACCGCGCGCAGGCGCAGAUGGCGCAGUCUGCGUGGCCGGAGGGAUUGAUCGAUGCCAAGUGCAGUGUUGAGUGUAAGGGGGUGGGGAAUGUGAAGGGGUGGUGGCGGAUUGGGAAGUGUUUUGCCGAGAUGGGGAGAUGGGAGGAGGCCAAGGAGGUUGUCGAACGGGCGUUGGAUGUUGAGGGGAAGAGUGGUGACGGGGGGAAGGAGUUGAGUGCGCUUUUGGAGGAGGUUGAGGCUGGUUUGAAGAGAUCUUCUUCUUAA